AGUUGGAGUGAUAUACUCCUCUCCAUUUUAUGUGCUCUGCUCUUCAUCUUCUUCCUCUCGGUUCUCUCCAUUUCUUUGUUUUAAAAAACCCAACAGGCAAUAUCAGUCUUGUGAUGUUUUCAUUGAAGCAAUCAAGCCUUACUUUGCUGGAGAUUGUCUGGCAUUUUUCCUCUGAAAGGAGAUAUAGAAAAGAUGCUCUUUGGCUGUGUCUUGAAACUGGUCUACGCUUGCUUCAUCCUUUUAUGCCAUUUCUUACUGAAGAAUUGUGGCAGCGCCUACCUGGCGCAAGGGACCUUGCAAGGAAAGAGUCCAUAAUGAUAUGCGAGUAUCCAUCACCUGUAGAGAGUUGGUCAGAUGACAGGGUUGAACAGGAUAUGGAUCUUGUAGAGUCAACUGUGAGAAGUCUCAGGUCACGGAGGGCAGAGCUGCUUGCUAAGCAGAAAAAUAAAAGGUUGCCUGCUUUUGCUUUGUGUCAAACUGAUGCUGUAGCUGAAACCAUUGGAAGUCACAAAUUAGAGAUCUUAACUCUAGCCACUCUUAUCACCUUUGGAUGACUUAACACAUGCAUGGUGGAAUCCAUGUGCAUCAAAUUCUCACCACUCAUAUUGUUAUUCUUACAGGUUCUCCUUGGGGGAAGAGAUGCUGCACCAGAUGGGUGUUCGCUUGUGAAUGUAAAUGAAAACCUUGUGGUUUUUCUCAAUGUUCAUGGAACUCUAAACAGGACAGCGGAAGUUGAACAGAGAAAAAUUAAGGUUCCCUUUGCUACCACAGAGGAAAUUCGGCAUAGAGUGGUUUGAUAGUGGUUUGUGAAUUGUGGCUGUUGAAAAAAAUUAAGGACAUUUUGUACAUCGUAAUCAAAGAUUUGAGAAUGGUGGGUGAGGCAUUUUGAAAAGAAGAGGAUUUGUCCCGUCAUACAAAUCUUUUAUGAAACGUGUAAAAGAAAACUGGUAAAUUUGUUUAGGGUGGUUCCAUUCCAUCCACUUUUCUUUCUUUCUUUUUUCUUUUCUUUUCUUUUUUUUUUUUGGAAAAAGAAAUCUUACAAAUUAGU